UCCUGUCACUGGCUUAUAUGGACAAGUCGGCCCACUGUCACGUGACGUUGGGCUGCUAAAAACAGCUCCGGCUCCACUCUGAACGAGGGCCUGAAACAAUGUCCUCCACCAAGAGAAACAUAAAGGACACUUGAUCAUACAGUCCUUGGAAUUAUUUCCAGGAAACACACUCGCCAAGGCCAUUCGGAGCACCCUUUCCCUGGCAGUGCACUCAGGGGACGGCCAGGAGAUGAGUGCAUCUCUGAAUUACAAGUCUUUUUCCAAAGAGCAACAGACCAUGGAUAACUUGGAGAAGCAACUUAUCUGUCCCAUCUGCCUGGAGAUGUUCACGAAGCCCGUGGUCAUUCUCCCCUGUCAGCACAACCUGUGCCGGAAGUGUGCCAGCGACAUUUUCCAGGCCUCUAACCCGUAUUUGCCGACAAGAGGAGGUACCACGGUGGCAUCAGGGGGCCGAUUCCGAUGCCCCUCCUGUAGACACGAAGUGGUUCUGGACAGACACGGGGUCUAUGGACUUCAGAGGAACCUGCUGGUAGAAAACAUCAUCGACAUCUACAAGCAGGAGUCCACCAGGCCAGAAAAGAAGUCUGACCAGCCCAUGUGCGAAGAACAUGAAGAGGAGCGCAUCAACAUCUACUGUCUGAACUGUGAAGUGCCCACCUGUUCCCUCUGCAAGGUGUUUGGUGCACACAAGGAUUGCCAGGUGGCACCCCUCACUCACGUGUUCCAGAGGCAGAAGUCAGAGCUCAGUGAUGGCAUCGCUGUUCUUGUGGGGAGCAAUGAUCGAGUCCAAGGGGUGAUCAGCCAGCUGGAGGACACCUGUAAAACCAUUGAGGAAUGCUGCAGAAAACAGAAGCAGGACCUUUGUGAGAAAUUUGAUUACCUGUAUGGCAUCCUGGAGGAGAGGAAGAAUGAAAUGACCCAAGCCAUCACCCGAACCCAAGAGGAGAAACUGGAACAUGUCCGAGCUCUGAUCAAAAAAUAUUCCGAUCAUUUGGAGAACGUAUCAAAGUUGGUCGAGUCAGGGAUCCAAUUCAUGGAUGAGCCAGAAAUGGCGGUAUUUCUGCAGAAUGCCAAAACCCUGUUACAAAAAAUCUCAGAAGCAUCAAAGGCAUUUCAGAUGGAGAAAAUAGAACAUGGUUAUGAGAACAUGAGCCACUUCACAAUCAACCUCCAUAGAGAAGAAAAAAUAAUACGUGAGAUUGAUUUCUACAGAGAAGAUGAAGAUGAGGAAGAAGGAGGAGGAGAAGGAGAAGGAGAAGAAGGAGAGGAAGCAGUAGAAGUGGAAGAGGUGGAAAAUAUUCAAAUAGAGUCAUCAGGAGAAGAUGAAAGUCCUGCAAAAGCCUCGGAGACCUCUCAGCUGGCCUCAGAGCUCCAGGCUGUCCCCGGGGCACUUCCAGUUUCCUCUUCAGAGCCACCUCCAACCCUACCACCUGCUGUGGAUACCCCAGUGACACAGGGGGAGGUUGUGCCCACUGGCUCUCAGCAGACCACAGAGUCUGAAACUCCAGUUCCUGCAGCAGCGGAAACUGCGGAUCCCUUGUUUUACCCUAGUUGGUAUAAAGGCCAAACCCGGAAAGCCACCACCAACCCACCUUGCACCCCAGGGAGCGAAAGUCUGGGGCACAUAGGGCCUCCAAGUUCUGAGGAGUCAAAUGUACAGAAGGCAGAAGUGACAGAAGCCGUAGCCAAUGAGAGGGCAGCAGUGAGUGGUAAGGAAACUAGUUCACCUGCAGCUACUUCUCAGGAGUUAGCAAUCUGCCUAGCACUUUUGGCUUUUCUUAUCCUUCACUACAUCUGGAGUCAGAUUCAGUGCUUGAUUUUUGCUUUAAUGGAUUGGAUUUGAGGCCUCUCCCCUCCAGGGACAGGCUGCAGCUUCAGGGAGUGGGAGUGGAGCUGAUUCUGAGCCAGCUCGCCAUGUCUUCUCCUUCUCCUGGUUGAACUCCCUGAAUGAAUGAUGUUCAUUCCGACUGCUGCCCCUCUGUCUGCCUGAAUGAGAUGCACACAGGCAGCAGGGAACGUAGAUGAAAUUAACACGAUACAGAUGAUGAAUGGGACCUCUGGACAGGAUUUUUAAAAGAAAGGAAAAAAAAAACCACUUUAAUUCCGGAUGACUUAUCUAACACAUUGAAGAAAAAAAUACUUUCAGAAAAUAGAUGCAGAAAGCACUGGAGAAAAGAAACUUGAUCUUAUGCAAGUCUUUUAUUGUGUGGGAAACAUGAGGGGUGUGUAGGUGUGGUACAUGUGGGUGCGUCAGUUACAAGUAGCAAGUGUUGAAAAAUGUGGGCACUACACUCUCGUCUCUAAUAGGCACCAGCUUUUUGUUAUUAGAUCAUAGUGGCUCUUAUUUCCUUUUCUCUUUAACAAUGCAGGUGGUCAGUGAAAUUCAGUGUCAAUUCAGAAAUGCCUGAUUUAUCAAUAUACAGACAAAUGGUAAAUCAUUGACCAAAGCUAUGAAAAUGUUGUGCAAAGUUUUCCUCUUUUCCAUAAUAAAUGUCACUGGAUGUGUAUCCAGAAAUGUUCUUUGAAUUUGAUGGCACUUUUAUAGUCCAGAAGGCUGAAGGCCAAGGACAUCUCUUGUGACAUUUUUCUAAUCUUAGUUUUAGACACUUAUAUACUAGGUACUUUAAUUGAAAAAGACUUUCUAGCAGAAACCAGUUUCUCAUACAUCUCUGUGGCACCAAUCUGGUAAAUUGUAGAACAACUGCAUGUAUAAAUAUAUAUGUGUGUGUCUGUGUAUAUACAUAUAUAUCAUGCUUUAUUUGUCCCACCAUAAUACUUCUUUCAGAACAUAAGUGUAACUUUACUCUGUAUGAACUGUUAAAUAAAUACUGUUUUUAAAA